ACGCGGACUUUCCUAUUCCUGAACCACAUCUUUUGAUGUAACUAGCUGUAAAGUUACCAUACAUAGCAUCCACCCUCCUCCUCUCUCUCUCUUUCGGUUUUAAUUUUCUUUUUCAGCCUCUCUGAGUUUUAAUUGGUGGAGCUUCUGAUAUAGACGAAUAAUAUCUUCAACAAGCUAAGAAGGAGAAGGAAGGAAAAGGAAAUGGAACAAGGAGCAUCUUUCUCUUGAAAACAUAAAAAAUUUCCUUUGUUUUUUGUUUUUUCAGUUCCAAGAAGAAGUGAACAGUGCCGAUUCGCCAAUUCAAAGCAUAUACUAUAUCGUUUUGUAACUUGAGAGGAACAAUCUUCUGUCAGUCACUCAGAAUGGCAAGAGAGAAGAUUAAGAUAAAGAAGAUUGACAACAUAACCGCAAGGCAAGUGACAUUUUCAAAGAGGAGAAGAGGGCUUUUCAAGAAAGCUGCUGAGCUUUCUGUACUUUGUGAUGCUGAAGUUGCACUCAUCAUUUUCUCUGCUACUGGCAAACUCUUUGAGUAUGCUAGUUCCAGCAUGGAGGAUAUCCUUGGAAAAUAUAAGUUGCACUCAAGUAGCCUUGAGAAAGAUGACCAACCUUCCCUAGACUUACAGCUAGAGAAUAGCCUCAACAUGAAAUUAAUCAAGGAGUUGGCUGACAAGAAUCGUGAGCUGAG